GUCCCGUGCCCCCGGACUCGGUGGCGACCAUGGCGGCGACCGCGGCGACCCCGGAAAUGGCGUCGGACGUGUCACCGCUGGGCACGGCCCUGGCCCCCGGAGUCCAGACUGGAGGGGCUGGUGUCCAGAGGGCAAUUAAGCGGCGGCCACCAGGCCUGGAUUUCGACGAUGACGGUGAAGGGAACAGUAAAUUCCUCAGGUGUGAUGACGAUCAGAUGCCCAGUGACCGGGAGCGGUUUGCCAGGUCAGACGAUGAACAGAGUUCGGCGGACAAAGAGAGAUUGGCCAGGGAGAACCACAGCGAGAUCGAGCGACGCCGGCGCAACAAGAUGACGGCGUACAUCACCGAGCUGUCGGACAUGGUGCCCACCUGCAGCGCCCUAGCCCGCAAGCCUGACAAGCUGACCAUCCUGCGCAUGGCCGUGUCCCACAUGAAGUCCCUGCGAGGGACCGGCAACACCUCCGCCGACGGCACCUACAAGCCGUCCUUCCUCACCGACCAGGAACUGAAGCACCUGAUCCUGGAGGCGGCGGACGGCUUCCUGUUCAUCGUCUCGUGCGAGACGGGCCGCGUGGUCUACGUGUCCGACUCGGUGACGCCCGUCCUCAACCAGCCUCAGUCGGAGUGGUUCGGCAGCUCCCUGUACGACCAGGUGCACCCCGACGACACGGACAAGCUGCGGGAGCAGCUCUCCACCUCGGAAAAUGCGCUGACUGGCCGCAUCCUGGACCUGAAGACGGGUACGGUGAAGAAGGAAGGGCAGCAGUCAUCCAUGCGGAUGUGCAUGGGGUCCCGGCGUUCCUUCAUCUGCCGUAUGAGGUGCGGCAACAGCCCGGUGGACCCCGUCUCCAUGAGCAGGCUGAGCUUCAUGAGGAACCGGUGUCGGAACGGCUUGGGGUCUGUGAAGGACGGGGAGCCUCACUUCGUGGUGGUGCACUGCACGGGCUACAUUAAGGCCUGGCCCCCCGCAGGUGUCUUGCUGCCGGAUGAGGAUCCGGAAGCCGGCCAAGGAAGCAAGUUCUGCCUCGUGGCUAUCGGCCGGCUGCAGGUCACCAGCUCCCCCAACUGCAGCGACCUGAGCAGCACCUGCCAGCCCACCGAGUUCAUCUCCCGCCACAACACCGAGGGCACCUUCACCUUCGUCGACCACCGCUGUGUGGCCACCGUGGGCUACCAGCCACAGGAGCUGCUGGGAAAGGACAUCGUGGAGUUCUGCCAUCCCGAAGACCAGCAGCUCCUGAGAGACAGCUUCCAGCAGGUGGUGAAGUUGAAAGGGCAGGUCCUGUCCGUCAUGUUCCGCUUCCGGUCCAAGAACCGCGAGUGCCUCUGGAUGAGGACCAGCUCCUUCACCUUCCAGAACCCGUACUCGGACGAGAUCGAGUACAUCAUCUGCACCAACACCAACGUCAAGAACUCCAGCCAGGAGCCGCGGCCGGCCCUGUCCGGCUCCCUGCAGCGACCGCAGCUGGGCCCGACGGCCAGCCUACCCCUGGAGAUGGGUCCUGGUCAGCUGGCCCCCAGGCAGCAGCAGCAGCAGCCGCCGUCAGAGCUGGAGGCCGUCCGGGAUGGGCUGGCGGGCUACGAUCCCGCGCAGGUCCAGGUGCCGGUGCAGCCCGGGGCCGCGGCGGGGCCGGGCCCCGAGCACGGGAAACCGCUGGAGAAGGCCGACACCCUGUUCAGCCAGGACCGAGACCCAAGGUUUGCCGAGAUCUUCCCCAGCCUGAACCCAGCAGAUCAGAGUAAGGCCGUGGCCUCAGGCUCCGUGGCCUCGAGCGCCGUCCCUGCCAGCCAGCACCUGUUCUCCCAGGCAAACGCCUUCCCCCCAGCGCCUCGCCCGGCCCCCGACGGCUUCCGGAGUGGCAGCCUCGCCCCCACGGCAGGCAUCGCCCAGCCGCCGCCGCCGGCCUCCGCGGGACAGAUCCUGGCCCAGAUCUCUCGCCACAGCAACCCCGCUCCAAGCUCUGGACCCAGCCCUGCCCCUGCCUGGGCCUCGGGCACCCGCCCCCCGGGCUUUGUCGCUCAGCAGGCAGCGGCCUCCCAGGCAGCCAAGAUCCGGUCCCCGCCUUUUGGGCCGGGGGGCUUCCAGACCCCCUCCUCCUUCAGCCCCAUGUCCCUCCCGGGAGCCCCCACCGCCUCCCCGGCGGCCACGGCCACCUACCCCGGCCUCGCCACCCGCGGAGCCAGCUUCGGGCGUCCCCUCACACCCCAACGGUGUGCUGUGCCCACAGCGCCCGAGGCCGGGCAGACGGCGGGCGUCUUCCAGGCGCGAGCGGCGGAGGGCGUGGGAGUGUGGCCCCAAUGGCAGGGGCAGCCCCAGGCCCAGCUCCACCGGCCGGGCUCUGGGGAGUCGUGUGGCCCACCGCAGGCUCAGCCCCCGCCCCAGCCCAGCCAGCCCGAGGUCUUCCAGGAGAUGCUGUCCAUGCUGGGAGACCAGAGCACUAGCUACAACAACGAGGAGUUUCCUGAACUGGCCAUGUUCUCCUCCUUCUCCGAGUAGCCCGGAGGCAGCAGCGGGGGCGGGGUGAAGAACUGGGCCCGGAACCACGCCGGAGACCAGCUUGUCUGUCUGUCUGACCUCCCGUCCGCCCGUCUCGCAUCAGGCCCCAGUCCCCCCGCCCCCCGUCACUGCCGGGCUCCGUUAGCCGGGCGUGGGAGGGGACCCUGACUUGGAGGGGCUCCCUUCCCGCAGUGGGAGGUCACCGGCCACUGCAGGAUGUGGCCCAAACCCCGGACACUUCCUCCAGCAGAAACUGCCCUUGGGGCAGUGGGGUCAGGGGCAGGGGGACCAUCCUGCUGCCAGUCCGGUUCUGGGUGACCUCAGGAGAGUGUCAAUAGCCAGUGGGGGUGGUGAGAGAGAGAGAGUGAGAGUGUGUACGUGUGUCUGCCUCUGAUGAGGUGGGGCAGGUUGGUGUCUGUGUGGGUGCGUGCAUGCGGUUUGUGUGUCUGGGCCAGCUUUGGGGCACAAGGGCUGCCUCUCUGCCCCCACCCCAACCCCGCCACAGUCCAACUGGGGGGCGGUGUCUCUUCACAAGCCAUAGCUUGAUCCCAAAUGACUUUUGCCCCCUUCCCUCCCUCCCCGCCCCGUCCCUCCUUCCCAGUUCUCCCAGAGGGCGGGAGCAUGCAGGGCCCAGCCCCAGCUCCCGUGGGGUGGGGGGGGUAGCCAGAUGACCCGCUCACUCCCCAGCCUCUGUGACCGUCCUGGGGGACUGCCCCUUCCCUUUCCCCUCUUCCUCCUUCCCAGGUUCCCCCCACCCCAAGUUGGGAAUGGAGUAUUUGCCAAAGAUUUGCAAGAGAAGUGGGUGUGCUGGUCCAAACCGCCCCCCGUCCCCCCCAUGGUAGAACCAGGGGGCUCUGCGGCUGCGCCCCCUUCCCCUCUACCCUCCUCUCAGCCGAGCAAGUUGCAAUAAACAGGCAGGGUCGGCGUCUUCUUCCGUCCAGCGUGGCUCCGGCCUCCAGCGCACCGCCCCCUCCCUCGUCCCCGGCCUGCGCCAGGCCCCGAGCUCCACGUGUGAACAACCAGGCCGCCGAGUCGUCACGCUCAGCAACGCUGGCGCCGGGCCACGUCUGAAACCCUCGAGAGGUGAAGGACUGGGAGCCCGAGGCUUGAGAACAAGUCUCCCCGCUGACUGUCAAAGAAAGCCGGGGCACCGGAGCAGCGGCCGCCACGAGGAAGCAGACGGGGAGUUCCGGAGGAAUUGCAUCCCACAAGCUCCAAUGAUCCAAGCUGGGGACGCAGCUCUGGUCUGCCUGCCUGCGUGCCCUGGAUGGACAACAUCCAGGGUCCUUGGCCUUAUCCCGGUACCCCGUCUUCCACACCAGAACUGGACUGGGGCCUGGGCCCGUGGUUCUCUGCAAGGCUAAGUUGGCACGGGCCCUGAGUUAGUCGCUCUCUAUGACUCGAUGCCCUGUACGGUUAUGUGGGGGGUGGUGAUGGGGGGUUGCGGGGAGCAGCCGUAACACUACAAAGCAGCCAGGGCUUGUGCGCUCUCCUGUUCCCAGGGACCCCGCCCUCUCCCCUCCACCUCACCCCCAGUUAACAGCCAUGGAGAGAAGGACUGGAGUUACCAGCCAGAGAGAGCGGGAGGAGUCGUGGACCAGCAUUUUCCGGGUCAGCAGCUGGUUGCAAGGCUGGUGAACGGACCCCAGGGCCCGGGUACCGGAGCACAGAGAAGCCGGGAGGAGGAGAAGCGAGUGGUUUUAUUUUUUAAGAACCCGUACGCGCGUGCGCACACACACA